AUGGAGUUGGGGGUAUAGUACUCCUGGCAUCCCGUGGGUAGAGACAGGGAUUUGAUAAUGGAUUGUAAUAUAUAGGACUGACUUCUCCUAGAAAGAUUCAGUAGCGCCAGGCCACAGAGCCCUGGCGUUGAGAGAAUGUGGACCUUGAGGUCUAUUCGAAGUUGGUUUGAGCCUGUGGCCCUAACUGUCUAGCAGUGUAAACAGGACCCUGUGAUUAAUGGCCCAGGUGAACAGAUCUAGUCAGCGGUUGGGUCUGCCUCUGGGGCUCAUGGGGACCAGAGCAGGCUGCAUGCUGGGGAGAUGUUAGCCUGCAGAAAGGAUAUCAAGAUGCAAGGCUGCCUUAGGCCAGUAGGGCAGUGCCUCUCCCUUGGACCCACCAUGUCUUUGGUUCUUAGCCUGUUCGUUAACCCGAAAACCGGUGGUGUCCUAACUGUAGAUGAAGGGAAGGUAAUUGAUGACGAAAUAAAAUGUAUCCAUCUGUCAGUUCUGACAGAGGUGCUGGAGUCACAUGAGGUCACUGGUGUUCCUCUUGCUAUAGAAUACCUGGGAAUGAGUCCACCAUAAGGCUAAGCUCACAGCAACCAUGAUAGCAGCCCCAGAGAUGUGAGCUGUUGCCAGCAAAGAGGUUUUCCAGAGUGGGGACUCUUGGCUCCACUUUGACAGCACGCAAUCUCAGUGUAUGGUAGAGCCCUGCAAAACCAUGUUUACAGAAAUCAGAAGUGAGCUUUUGUGACUAUCAGAGAUGUUCAGAAUACAGAACGGUGCUGAGCUCCUUGGGCAGGGCCUUUGCAGUCCCUUCUCACCGAACGCCAGGAGCUUUCUCCAGGUCACCACGCAGGGUUCCAAACUCCCAGAGAUAGCCACAGCCCAGGAGUCCUUUUGACAAAGCCCAGAGCCAGCCCAGUUUGCCUCAGGAGGGAAUGUGAUAACAGGUUCCAGAGUACAGAGUGGACUGUCCAGGCUGGAAGGAGGGAAGUCAGAUCCCACGAUGCUGGAAGGCUUCCAUGGGAGCUGGCAUUUCAGCAUGGUGGGGAGGAAACAGCUGUAGUAUACCCUGGGCACUCAUGGUGUUGCUGGGCUGAUUGACAAGUGGUAAUUUGGUUUAGUGGGCACCUCUUGGAGACCAGGGCAAGGGAUGCCUGGGUCACUUUAGCUCCUCAAGACCUGAUGAGUCCCCUGAAAUCCCAUACACACACACACACUGUCGUGGGGCCAUCAGACCAAAGGAGAAUAUAGAGAGUGCCAGGUGUGUGUGAGGCCCUUGUGGAGUGCCACCUUACGAGGGGCAGCAGUAUUACUCAGGGGGGAUGGGGGUGUGGCUCAAUGAUAGCAUGGACCCUAGCAUGAGACUCUGGGUUCUGUCUACAGCACUAAAAAGAGAAAAAAAAAGUCUUCUCAAAUCACACCCCUCUCAGUUGCUACAGAAGGAAAGUGGGAGAGCAAUGGCGGCUCCUAGGCAGGUCCCUGAGAAAGAGGAUUUGUACUGAGGAAGGUUGAAAAGGUGGUCAUCCCUUCUGUGCCGGGACAGACUAGACCAGAUUAGACCUCAGAACUACAGGCGGACUCUGGCCUUUGUGAAGCAGCAGAGCUGGGGACCUGUGACCUCCGUAUCCAGCUAGCCAUGGAGCAGUUUGGCGCUGGCCACCAGCCCCUUAGGUGAGGGCUCUGUCUGGGGCCCAUUACACAACCAUAUCAUGGAGGUGAAGAGGACUCUUCCAGCCAGGGGAACUGUCCUUUGAAAACCGUGGUCCAGCUCUGCUGGUUCUUCCUGCUAACCAUCUUCAAGCGAGGUUCCUGCUCCUGCUGGCCCACGGAUGGGGAGGUGGGCCCUUGAUGUCGCCUUUGUGUGGAAGGCGGUGCUGACGCUGGGCCUGGUCCUCCUCUACUACUGCUUCUCCAUCGGCAUCACCUUCUACAACAAAUGGCUGACAAAGAGCUUCCACUUUCCCCUCUUCAUGACCAUGCUGCAUCUGGCUGUGAUCUUCCUCUUCUCAGCCCUGUCCAGGGCGCUGGUUCAGUGCUCCAGCCACAGGGCCCGAGUGGUGCUCAGCUGGACUGACUACCUCAGAAGAGUGGCCCCCACAGCACUGGCAACAGCACUUGAUGUGGGCUUGUCCAACUGGAGCUUUCUCUACAUCACCGUAUCACUGUACACAAUGACCAAAUCGUCCGCCGUGCUCUUCAUCCUCAUCUUUUCUCUCAUCUUCAAGCUGGAGGAGCUGCGUGCAGCCCUGGUCCUGGUGGUCCUUCUCAUCGCUGGGGGCCUCUUCAUGUUUACCUAUAAGUCCACACAGUUCAACGUGGAGGGCUUUGCCUUGGUGCUGGGGGCUUCAUUCAUCGGUGGCAUCCGCUGGACCCUUACACAAAUACUUCUGCAGAAAGCUGAACUGGGCCUUCAGAAUCCCAUUGACACCAUGUUCCACCUGCAGCCACUCAUGUUCCUGGGACUCUUCCCUCUCUUUGCCAUAUUUGAAGGUCUCCAUUUGUCCACCUCAGAGAAGAUCUUCCGCUUCCAGGACACAGGGCUGCUCCUGUGGGUUCUUGGGAGCCUCCUCCUUGGCGGGAUUCUGGCCUUCGGUUUGGGCUUCUCCGAGUUCCUCCUGGUCUCCAGAACAUCCAGCCUCACUCUCUCCAUUGCUGGCAUUUUUAAGGAAGUCUGCACCCUGCUGCUGGCGGCUCACCUGCUGGGUGACCAGAUCAGCCUCCUAAACUGGCUGGGCUUCGCCCUCUGCCUCUCCGGCAUCUCCCUGCAUGUGGCCCUCAAGGCCCUGCAUUCUAGAGGUGACGAUGGCCCUAAGCUCCCGAAGGGCCCGGCCCCCAGCGCUGACCUGGAGCUGCUGCUCUGGAGCAGCCAGCAGGAAGAAGAUGACGAGGAAUAUUUUGUGACCCAGGGGCAGCAGUGACCAGACCGGGAGCAGUGGAAGCAAGCCACUCUGCUGUCAGCUCUGCUGACCACUCUUGGUGGGGACCGGGAGCCCAGCUGCUUCCUCAGAGCAACUGCAGGUGGUGGCCUCAGAGUCGCCUGUAGGACCCUGGUGGGGGUGGGAGUGGUUCCUGCUCUUUCCUGGGGAGCAUGGUCCAAAAAAUGAAUGCCAGGCUCACCCAGGACCUGAGCUGGCAGUGAAGGGAGCCAGUAACCUCUUCUCCACUGUUGCUCUGGCUCCAAGAGCCAAGAUGAAUUUUAGACGUGUGUAGUUUCUCGGGUUGCUGGGUUCAGACUGCAGGGCAUGGCAUCUGGGAAGGAGCUGUGGACAGGCUGGGCCUCAUCACCUGGACAGCAGCUUCCUCAGAGAAUGGAUUUAUUUAUAGUUGAAAUAAUGAUUUCCUUCUCCACUGCCCAAUGUUGCCUGAGGCAUGAGAGCAAGGAGAACCCUGGGGCCUGGCCUCUCCUUCCCCUGCCUGGGGCCUUUUUCUCUGCCCUGCCCUGCCCUGCCCUCUGUAGCUCAUGCUCCUCUUUCUGCCCUAGACCACAUCCUUGGGGUCAUAUUACGGACCCACCACCAGAAAUAAACGAGUAUUUGCUCAGUA